CCCGUCUCUUGGAGAGCUGCGCCCCCUGGGCCGCCGCGCCCCCCGCCCGCUGGAGCGGGAGCAGCUCCGCGCUGGGCAGCAUCUUGGGCAUCCCCGACGAGAAGCCGGCUGGCACCUUGGGCCGGCAUCCUCCGCCCGUUGUCACCAGCAAAAAGGAACAAAACCGUCUCUUACGGCAUCGGCCUGACCAGCCCCAGAACCCCAAAGUUCUAAGAAUUGCCAUCAUCGGAGCGCCCAACGCUGGGAAGUCGACGCUCUCCAAUCAGCUCUUGGGCAGAAAGGUUUUCCCUGUCUCUAAGAAAGUGCACACGACGCGGUGCAAAGCCCAGGGUGUCGUCACGUGUGAGGACACCCAACUGAUCAUUCUGGACACACCUGGCCUCACUAGUCCCUUCAAAGCCAAAAGACACAAAUUAGACAAAGCCAUGCUGACAGACCCAUGGGAUAGCAUGAAACAUGCAGAUUUAGUUCUGGUUUUGGUGGACGUGUCGGAUCACUGGACGCGAAACUCCCUGAGCAAGGAGGUGCUGCAGUGUCUCUCUCAGUUUCCCCAGAUCCCCAGUGUCCUGGUGCUGAACAAGGUGGAUCUGCUCAAGAAUAAGUUUAUCCUGCUGGAACUAGUAACUGAGCUAACGAAGGGGAUGGUCGAUGGAAAGAAACUGGAAAUGAGCUCUGCAUUUAAACAUAGUUCCAGUUCUUCAGCAAAGUGUCCUCGGGCUUCUCCCCCUGUGAACAGGCCUCCCGAGUCUCACUGUCUGCAGGAGACACACCAAGCCCGGGAGGGCUCCAGCUCAGACAGCAGCAGUGACACGAGGGCUUCCGAGUCCGGUCUUGUCGCGGAAGCAGCACAAGGGCUGAAGCGCCAUGGCCCCAGAGACCUAGAAAACAUGAAAGGCUGGCCCUGCUUCCAGGAGAUCUUCAUGCUGGCAGCUCUCCAUGGGGAGGAGGUGGACACGCUCAAGCGGUACCUCCUGAUGCAAGCCAAGCCAGGCCCUUGGGAGUUUCACAGCGAGGUUUUGACCAGCCAGUCGCCUCAAGAGAUCUGUGACAACACCAUCAGGGGGAAGGUGCUGGAGUACCUGCCGCUGGAAGUGCCCUACGGCGUGGUUCAGGUGACGGAGAUGUGGGAGGAAGGACCGAGUGGGGAGCUCCUCAUCGUGCAGAAGCUCUUGGUCCCCAGGAAGUCUCAUAUGGCGAUGUUGAUUGGAAGAGAAGGUAAGGUUAUCAGCAGGAUUGCUCAGGAGGCUGGCUGUGACCUGAUGAACGUUUUCCUGUGUGAUGUCCACUUGAAGCUCAAGGUGGAGGUGAAGAGUUGA